AUGCAACGUGUCAGGCUUGCAGUGAACCCAGUGAACCCCGUCGGACGGCCCACCUUUUUCUUCUUGACCACCCCUGAUCGACAGUCGAAUAGCCUCCUCAUCACGGGUAAUGACGAUAACCACCACAUAGCAUGCAAUCAAGUUUGGGGACGACACCAAGACACAUGUUGUGUAUGUAUGUAA